UUGGGGUUUGUGUGCGACAAGAAAAAUAGAUAGAAAAACAAAGUAUAGAAUAAGAUUGGAGUUGACCUUUUGCUAACCAACACUCACAUUACAUAGUUCAUGUACUUUAUACAUUUUUCUUUUUUCUUUCCUGUUUGUGAGUAUCAGAGGAGAACAUUAUCAACCCGUCCGUCAGACUUUAUUGCAUUGUUGCAACAGUUAAAGUAUUUAUUCUCAAGCCUGUUGCUGCUGUCCCACCAGGCAGAUCAUGAGUGUGUGACCGGAGUGUGUUUGUGUGAUGACCUGAAUCACUGCUUUUUACACCUGGAAACAAAAUGAAGGGAGGGAAAGCAGACACAGAUAAAACCAGUUGGCAGAAGGAUAAAAGCAUGAGACAAGACAAAAGACGGAUUAAUAGAAGAAAGGUGACACCAGUGCAGCAUCAGAGUUUAUCGGCCCUGGACUCAGAGGCUGAGACAAACUGGGAGAAUGACCUGGAUCAUGGAGCGGAGUGGGCGGCCCACUGGACCUCAGAGCAGCUCCCUGCUGUAUUGAGUCCCACCUACAAGCAGCGCAAUGAGGACUUCAGGAAGCUUUUCAAGCAGCUGCCUGACACUGAGCGCCUCAUUGUGGACUAUUCCUGUGCCCUGCAGCGGGACAUCCUCCUGCAGGGACGGCUCUACCUCUCAGAGAACUGGAUUUGUUUCUACAGCAACAUCUUCCGAUGGGAAACCCUGCUGAUGGUUCGAUUGAAGGACAUCUGCUUCAUGACGAAGGAGAAGACGGCCCGCCUCAUUCCCAACGCCAUCCAGCUUUGCACUGACAAUGAAAAGCACUUUUUCAGCUCAUUUGGGGCGAGGGACCGGACUUACAUGAUGAUGUUCAGACUGUGGCAGAACGCUCUCCUCGAGAAGCCUUUAUGUCCAAAAGAGCUGUGGCACUUUGUCCAUCAGUGUUAUGGUAAUGAACUUGGCCUGACCAGUGACGAUGAGGACUACGUCCCUCCUGAUGAGGACUUCAACACCAUGGGGUACUGUGAAGAGCUGCCGGUGGAGGAAAACAACGAGCCAAGCAACGACACUGGCAACACCCUGGGCAAGAACACUGAGGCCAAGCCCGAUGUCAGCCCUGGCCUGCCCCACAAAGCCUUCCCCGAGAACACUCUGCCGGAGCUGCCCUGCACUGACUCUUCAGUCCUCCAAUAUGACCUGGCCCUUGUGGAGGACGUAUCCAGCCGUCUCCCUGACACAGACCUGCUGACCCUCCCCAUGCCCGAGAACCUCGACAGCCAGCACAGCAGCCACGCCCCUUUACUGUCACUGGACCUCAAUGACAACGAGGACCUGCCCACUGAGAUCAGUGACUCAUCUGAGACGCAUGACGAAGGUGAGGUUCAGGCUUUCCACAAGGACCUGAGUGGCAGGCAAUACAUCAACGAAGUGUACAAGUUUGGUGUGGACAAGAUGUAUGACCUACUUUUCACUGAGUCUGAGUUCAUAAGGGACUUUCGGGAGCAGAGGAGAUUUUCAGAUGUGGUGUAUCACACAUGGAGGAAAGAGCAGGAUGGUAACCAGUCAAGAGAGAUCAUGUACACCAUCGCCCUGAAUAAUCCGCUUGCUCCCAAGACAGCUACAGUCACAGAGACACAGACUCUGUACAAGGCGAGCCAGGAGAAUGAGUGCUACAUUAUCGAUGCAGAGGUGAUCGCCCAUGAUGUACCCUACCACGACUACUUCUACACCUUCAAUCGCUACAUGCUCACUAGAGUAGCGAAGAACAUGUGUCGUCUUAGGGUGUCGACAGAGCUUCGUUACAGGAAGCAGCCAUGGGGGCUUGUGAAGGGCUUCAUUGAGAGGAACUUCUGGAGUGGCCUGGAUGAGUACUUCAGACACUUAGAGUUGGAGCUGAAUAAAUUGGAUGUUGUGUUGGUGGAGCCUCAUAGACAGUCGCACAAAACCAAGGCUCUAAGGACAUGCAGUAGCCACAGGAGGAAACGGAUGAUAGUCCAUCACCUUAGAACACCGUGUAACAUGGAUGAGGCCUUGAGCCCCGUCACCACUCCCGAGAAUGAGGAGGAUGAGGACAUCCACCACAUCAAACAUGUGGCAGGUCAGCGGAGCAGAGGUCACCAAAUGAUCUGUGGUUCCACGCAGACCAGACACAUACCUGACGGCCCAGGAGGCUUUGCACUCUACAACUUCUCCAAACUACUGCUUUUCAUCAGCCUUGUGAUCUGUAUAAGCCUGAUACUGCUGGUGAUUCUCAAUGUAAUGUUGUUCUACAAGCUGUGGAUGCUGGAGUGCACCACACAGAGGCUCGCUGCAUCGCAGGGAUUGAGACCACAAGAAAGCAGAACUCCUCAGACCCAGUUGAAAUGGGUGCAGCUCACGGACUCCCAGCAGCGUUACGAUGACAACGAUCUCCAGAAGUGGAAAGAGAUAAUCAAAUCAUCAGUGCUGCUACUUGAUAAGCUAAGAGACUCCCUUCUUAAUCUCCAUAAAAGCAUUGGCCUCAAGGACUACAACUCUGAGUCCGAAAAGAGGAGAAACCAGUAUCACUGAUCGAUAAUGUCAAGGCAAGCGGACAUGAUGUGCAAUAUUCAACCUACCUUUUCUGAGCCCAUGAAGAGAAUGUGGCCUUUAAAAGGCUCUUCUUGGAGUUCAGUCGGAGAGCUUUUCAAGGAAAGCCCCCCCUGACUGAAGUGACCUCAUCAGUCUGCAGUGGAUGAGAGGGCACUAACACACCACCAUUUGUCCUGCAGAGACACAAUCAUUGGCAGAACUUGUUUGUAGCUUCUCUUCUGUCUUGUUCAUCCACAUUCCUACACUCCACACAAUGCUGCAUCGAAAAGUUAUUUUUUCUCGUCACAUCUAGACAAAGAUCAGACUGACCAAAAGUAUGCAACUUCUUCUCGCUUCUGGUAUUUUGCCAACUGAAAAUCCAUAUUGGAAUUGUAUAUGCAUUCACUUUCAGAGGUGCAAAAAUGCAUACAAAUGUUCCUCCCCUUCAAGGAUCAUGAACUGCUGCUGUAUCCCUUUGUUUUUUACCUUUGAAGCUGAGAAACAUGAAGAGAGACUGCAACAUAUCCACAGCCGGCAGUAUUUCAACUUGCUUUUUCCGUUCAACAGAACUAUGAGAAAUCAAAAUGUAAUCGCAUAAAUGUGUAUAUGUGAUUGUGUGUGUGUGUGUGUGUGUGUGUGUGUGUGUGUGUGUGUGUGUGUGUGUGUGUGUGUGUGUGUGUGUGUGUGUGUGUGUGUGUGUGUGUGCGUGUGUGUGGUGUGAUUUUUAGCAGCCAGAGCUAUUUUUAGCAGGCAUAUGGGCAGAUCAGGGCUGGUUUCCUUGAGAGCUUAUGCCAUACUUUUGUGAUUUAAUUUAAUUUUGUAAGUUUAUGUUUUUUAUGGCAUAAAAUAUUCUGAACUGUGGCCGGAGCAUUGCUCUGCAGUUCUGAUUUAGUGACAUGUUAAUGUGGAGGAUUUUAUUUGCAAGCAGAGCGAAUGUAUGGAAAGAAAACAGGAAUUCUUAGUUGUAGGUGGCACAGCUCCUAGUUUCCUAAUGUGUUGCCAUGGGGAUACAGAAAUGUUUUUGUUCACAGCCAAUCAUUAUUGUCAUUCCAGUGUUUUAAUGAUUUACUCUAACACAUCCCACUGCUUCAUCACUGCCAAGUCUCACAUGUCAACAAGUGUAUCCUAUUUUAGAUGGUCAAUCUUAUUCAUGCCAUUUCUGUGUGUUGCAUCAGUUCAUGUGUGAUUGGCAUGUUGAAGGUGUAUUUCUCACUGUGGGUCUAACAGUGCAGCCAUGAAGUAGAAGCAAAUGUCAGAUGCAGUGAAAUAAAAUGUGUGCUACAUUUCCUGCACUGGUGCUGUAUGUUCUUCAGAUGUCAUUCAUAUAUGGUGUUUUAAUUUUACAAACAUUUCUCAGGGGCCGAGCUGAUAAUCUCACAGAACCACAGUUCAUUAGAGUACAGGCUACAGUACAGGCAGACUCGAAGACAAACAAGAAACUUAGAUCAAAGUAAACGAAAAGAGACUGACAGUGACUUCAUACUAACCUCACUGUGAAAUGAUGGUAACGCCUGAUGGUGAUAUCUGACCACAAACCUCCAGCUCCUUAAAACUGGAGUGUGGAAACUAUUACAUAUAAAUUAAUGUCUGUUGAAUUCAAGCGCUUGCCAAACGAGUUCACACAAUGCUGGUUAAGUAUAUUGGAGUUGUGGCGCUCCUGCGCUGGUGCACGUAUGCCUGCAGGUGAGCUAGCCGCGUCUCCCCAGCCCUCCAGGGCCGCUUUGUUCAAGUCCAAUGUUUUUAAACUCUUUUUGCUCAUCGUUAAGGUUGUACCGUCACAAGCUCCACCCACAUCAAUCCAGAUUUUAGUGGAAGUAACAGGCAUCUGUUUUCAACAGGGAAGCUCCGGACACUACCUGCAGAUAGAUUCAUUGUUUUAUAUGAGGGGAAACUCUCAUGUAGGUCCUCUCUAAGUCCUUGACUUCGGUUUCCUUUCGUUUUCAAGGAGCAUUUGGCAUUAUCUGUUGAGUUUUACCUUCCAGUGGUUUCUGCCUUUGAGAAAUGUUUGUCUGACGAAACAGCACAAUGUUUAUCCAGUCAGUGUUAAUACUAUGUUCGAGAAAAUCCAUCCAUGUCCCAGGAGGAAGACUUGGUUUCAGAAAUGUCAGUCACUGCCAGUGAAGCAGCGAUAAGAGUUUGUUGAUACUUUGAGUAUAUUCAUACAUCACACCUUUAACUGGACUGUGUGGGAACAGUGUGAUGUCUUACGUUUUGCCAUGUUUGCCUUUUUUUUUUUCAUGACACUUGUCCAUCCUGUGAAAAUAUUUUCUGACUCAUGGAUGAAUGCCAAACUCUUUAAAAGUGUGACACAUGUUGAAACUUUAAAGAAAUCAAAUGGACAGACCAGGAAGCAUUGUACCUAGAGCCUUGUGCAUGCCGCAAACGUCUUGCAGCGACAGAUCUAUUUGUGAGUUGAUACGUGCACUUACAGACUGAGUGUCUAAAAUACUGUGAAUUGAACAAAACCUGUAAGAGGGCUGAUUACUGGAAAACUCAACUGUCUAGGGCAAAGUGUACAAUAGUGUGUGUGCAGGAAUAAUGACAUGAUUAAGUGCAAUGCAAAUUCAAUUUGACUGAAGUGAUCAAUGGAGAGAAAAUAGUGUAUUAUUUACAUCUGUUUUAUAAGACUUACAAAUGUAAACACGGCUUUGUUAAGUGGAAAACAUGUACCAAUGUAUGUGAAUAUUGGUGCAUAACAAACUCAUUUUAUAUGUCUUUGCACUAACACAUUGGUUAGUCUUAAUCUUAAUUUGUGCAUUUGACGAUCUGUCGAUAGCAUGGAUGUUUUUUGAGAAUCUCAGUUGCACAGUAGCCUUGACAUUAAUUACUAUAAGUUCCCUUAUAAACCAAUGAUGUGAUUGGUAGAUAUACUGUAGCUGUAGAUUCUUUUCUCCCCUUCUCACAGAAAAAUACUGCAGUGCAAAAAAGAUCUGUGCGUGUGUGGGUUUGUGUAUACAGGGUGGGACUGACAGUAUUUUGCACAGAUAUUCAGAUACAUUGUGUGCAAAGUUUUCUUUCACAACAUUAUUUACGUUUGUGAAUUGUAUAUAACAUCUAUAAAUUACAUAUUUUCUCUCAAUUCUUUUUCACACUGCAAACUUAAAACUGAAAGGGUGCACUGCGACAUUGACGCUGAUAACCUUAUUUACUCAAAAGCCAUUUUUAAAUGCAAAUGUUGAGAUGAUUUGCUUUCAUCAUGACUGUCCUUGUUAAUGGAGUUUCUUGUACAAUACCACCAAAGUCAUGUGGCUCCUCCACUGUAUAUGAAAUGCAUGGCUAUCCUAUUAACGCUAACGAUAAGUGUCAUGUCGAACUUCAUGCAUCUACAAUAGAGGUUUCAUUGAACGCAUGAGUGUGAAACACUGCAGACGACCCAAAAGAAGAGACCCUGAAGUUCAGUUCAAUGCACUCAAGGUUUCGCGUCAGUCGGAGUGUCGCCCAUAUGUCAUAGUAUCAAGUCUGUUUUGUGGAUUCAAAUACAUCAAAUUAAGAUUAACCUGCUGACGUCAAAACGAAACUGCUGCUUAUAAAAGAAGAUGGUUUGAGUGAAACUGUAAUUGAUCAUCUAAAGGUUGCCGGCUGUAGAGGUUUUACUAAAAGGAGCAGUGUGGGAUCUGUUGGCAGCAUUGAAUAUAAUAUUCAUUAUAAUGUUUUCAUGAGUGUUUAAUUUCCUGAAACCAAGAAUUGUUGUUUUUUAUUAGUUUCCGUAAACUUGAGGGAGGGGUGAGUGUUGGGGAUUCAGUUGGUUGCAAUCUCGAACUUCACCACUAGAUGCCACUAAAUCCUACACAAUCCCCAAAAUGUGCACUCAGGUUCAUCUGUAGACUCAUAAUCACAAACCUGCAGUAUUUCUUUCAUCUUGCCUUCAUCCAGCUGACUUGGUGGUGUCGCGUUGUAUAUUCCUGUGUGUGCUUAAAAUACCUGACCUGUCUUUAGAAACCUAUAUGAAUCUAAACUAUUUAUACAGAUAUAAUAAUGUAAUGCAUAUUGUUGUGUAGAGUUAUAGUACAUAUUAUAAGGACUCAAACUACGCUGGCAGUGGAUUGAGGAAGAAAAAGUGCUUAUGAGAAAAAUAUAGUUCUAAGAGGCCUGUGAGUCGAGAUGGAGGAAUGAAUAAAAGUGCAAAACA